CUUAUUUCCCAUCUCGCAUUUGUUCUUGAAUCUCCCAAGUAUUCCCAUUCCCACACAGAGAUCUGUGAGGCUCAGCUGCUGAGAGAGCGUAGAGAAGAGAGAAAUUGAGAAUGUUCCAUACCACCAAGAAGCCCUCCUCUAUGACUCCUCAUGAUAGGCCAAUGUGUGUCCAAGGAGAUUCUGGUCUCGUCCUCACCACCGACCCCAAACCCCGUCUCCGUUGGACCGUCGAGCUCCACGAGCGCUUCGUCGAUGCUGUCACUCAGCUCGGAGGCCCUGAUAAGGCCACUCCCAAGACGAUCAUGAGGGUCAUGGGCGUCAAGGGCCUCACCCUCUACCAUCUCAAGAGCCACCUCCAGAAGUUCAGGCUCGGGAAACAACCCCACAAAGAAUUCAACGAUCAAUCGAUAAAGGAUGGCAUGAGAGCUUCCGCCAUGGAACUUCAGAGAAACAGUGGAUCUUCUUCGACCUUAAUGGAGCGUAGUAUGAACGAAAUGCAAUUGGAAGUUCAGAGACGGCUGCAUGAACAAAUUGAGGUACAAAGACACCUUCAAUUGAGAAUUGAAGCUCAAGGCAAGUACAUGCAAAGCAUAUUGGAGAAAGCUUGCCAAACCCUAGCCGGCGAAAACAUGGCCGUCGCCAGCACCGCCGCCGGACCUUUCAAAACCACUUCCAACAAUGUGGGAACAACCAGUACCAACCUUGUUCCAGACACCGCCAUCAAAGACUUCAUUUCACCUCAUCCACCUCACACCUUCCCUCCUUUUCAAGACAUGAACAACCUAUUUACCUCCGAACCGCCGCCGCCGCCUCCCCCGCCUCUCAUCGACUGCCUCAAGAAGCCUAGCCCCUUCAUCUCUGGAGCUGGUAAGGCCCCCAUUUUCUGGCCCGACGAUCUCCGACUCCAGCACUUAGGAACCCCUUCAGCCACCUUAGUACCGCCGCCGCCUUCCAUUGGCAGCCCACCGGACUUGGACUCUCUACAACUGGAAAUGUAUGAAUCAAAACCGCCACCCCUGUCACCGCUGCUCGUUGGCAACGACGCGAUCAAUGAAAAGAAGUUUGAAGCAUCGGUAAAGCUUGAGAGGCCGUCGCCACGGCAGUCGUCGGGACACUCCGACGAAAGGGUGAAUAAUAAUAAUAACGGUAUGCCCAACAAUAGUAACCCUACAAUGUCACAGCCACAGGGAAGAAAUUCUUCAUUUGGUUAAUUAAUUGAUGUUUUAUGUGUAAUAAUUAGUGACUUAAAUUUGAAUGUAACUAAUUAAAUAUAAGAUUAGGGUUUAGAUCUUAACAAAUGCUCAUACUCAUUAUUAUGUUUGAAUGUAACUCUUCUUCUCGACUUUGUGUCGAUUUUGCUCUGAGAAAUGUGAAGUACGAAAAUUUGAAUUUUCGACUUCAAGAAAA